AUGCAAAUUUGCUCCUGCUAUCCAGCCUCCGAGUCAGCAGCAGCAGCCGCGGCAAGCAGCGCAGAGGCGGUUCAAGUUUCAGUUCUGGUUCUGGCAGGGGUGGUUUGCCUGCGCAGGGUCAGAAGAGGAGCAGAGAGGAGACUUCUAGGGUUAGUCAGAUUCCUCGAGGUUCGUGUUACGGGUGUGGGAGCACGGAGCAUCGUGAUUCGAGUUGUCCCACGAGGGAGUCAGCACCGAGGGUGUGCUUACUACUGCAAGGAGCCUGGGCAUAUCAAGCCCAUGUGUCCUAAGUUGCGGAGUAUGUCGGUGGCUUUAGUUCAGCCAGUAGCGGCUCAGCCAGUGAGUCAGAUUGCAGCAGUGCAGCUGUUGGGUCAGAUUGCACCGGUGCCGCGGGGUUAUUCUUCGGUGGAGACAGGGGGGACUAGUCAGACCGGUUUUAUCUGUAAUAGAAUUGUGGAGGUUCUCAACGCAUUUGAAUGUGUAGGGACCUUGUUAGUGGGCGGUUUUGAGUCCUACGUUUGUCUGACUCGGAGCAUCGAAUUGCUUCAUUACACCGGAGCGUGCCGAGAAGAGUGGCAUCCGGAGUAG